AAGCCUCUUGCGCUUUUGUGACGACAUUUCUAUAUUUAUUUGAUUUAUCUGAUACAUUUGGGUCUGAAUGAAAACACUCAUCACAGAGCUGCUUUUAAUUCCACAGGGGAAGAUGCGCGUUUGAGCUGCACCGCGCGUAAAAACACAACGCGAGCGCAAUAAAUCAUGACCAGGAAUCGCUGCCAUCUGGAUCUGUCGUGCCAAAACUGCACAUGCAAAUAGCAGCAGGUUUGAGGGGUAUUUAAACGAACACACGCGCAAAAAAAAAGCGCUAGAGUGAAACAGGAGAGCACUUCCGGGCUCGUCACCGCAGUGGUGGAGCGGGACGUGUGCGCUCGGACUGCGGGGGUCGGUGGAGCCGUGUCCGUGCUGGUUGAGGACGCUGGAGGCAUGGCUGCGGGAAAAGGAGCCCCCAGACACUCCUCUUUAUGGGACAAUAUGAGGAUACGCUUCAUCAUCUGCUUUUUCGGGGUGUUUGUCUGUUACUUUUACUACGGGAUCCUCCAGGAGACAAUCACACGAGGAGACUAUGGCCAUGGAGAGAAGUUCAGAUUUGCCCGAACUUUAGUCUUCAUCCAGUGCAUCAUCAAUGCUUUAUUUGCCAGAAUAUUAAUCCAGUUAUUUGAAGGGCCCAAACCUGAUCUCACUACAAACUGGCUGUAUGCUUUGUGUUCACUGUCUUAUGUCGGGGCCAUGGUGUCCAGUAACUCCGCCCUCCUGUUUGUCAACUACCCCACACAGGUGCUGGGAAAGUCAUGUAAGCCCAUACCAGUCAUGAUUCUUGGAGUAACAAUAUUGAGGAAGAAGUAUCCGAUUGCCAAGUACCUGUGUGUGCUCCUGAUCGUGACGGGUGUGGCCCUGUUCCUCUACAAACCAAACAAGAGCUCCACUGUGGCCGACGACCACGUCUUUGGCUUUGGUGAAAUGCUCUUGCUGCUCUCCCUGACGCUGGACGGUCUGACCGGAGUGGCUCAGGAUCACAUGAAGGCUCGUUUCCAGACCACGGCCAACUACAUGAUGUUGAAUAUAAAUCUGUGGUCUACUCUGGUGCUUGGACUAGCUGUGAUGUGGACCGGUGAGGUGUGGGACUUUUUGAGUUUCACCGAACGCCACCCGAGCAUUGUCUACAACAUUCUCCUCUUUGGGCUGACCAGCGCUCUGGGACAGACAUUCAUCUUUAUGACAGUGGUCUACUUUGGCCCUUUGACCUGCUCCAUCGUGACCACCACAAGAAAGUUCUUCACCAUCCUUGGCUCUGUUAUUCUGUUUGGAAACGUCCUAACCUCCAUGCAGUGGGUCGGCACCGUCCUAGUCUUCUUAGGUCUCGGAUUGGAUGCAAAAUUUGGCAAAGGUCCCAAGAAGCAUUGAAGCCCUGUGAGCGGAUUUGGGUGGAUUUGAGCUCUGUAGUGAAUUUAGGAGUCCUCCACAUGAACUCCGUCCACAAUCGUGUUCGGCUGCUGCUGAACGGACAUUUUUACUCUGGCUUUUGUCUUAAAAAGAAGCUGUAACAUCAUUACAUAUGACUACACAUUUCUCAAGGACAAUCUUGUCCCUGCUGCAUGACACAACACAAGAUACUGUACUUAUUCAAUGUAUUUUUUCUACUACCAGCUCAUCUAUGUAAAGUAAAUAUUAAACCCAACAUGGCCUAAAUUA